GAAUUGAAAAAAAUAACGAUUAUUUUCUAUUCACGAUCAAUAAUACGCGCCACACGCGAUAGUUCCAAGCCAUUUGCUGAUACCGAUAGUUCCAUCACUAGAUCUAGCCUCGCUUUAACAUUGUUAUUUUUUAUAUUUAUUUAUUACAAACAGUUAAAUGAGCGUGGACGACCGCCUGAACAUGGAAACGGUGCUGCAACACGCGGCUCUCGUCUCCACAGCCUGCACGGGACGCACUCUCGGCGAGGAUCGGGCUCCGCUGUGGGAGGCGGGCAAAACCCCGAUUCCACAGGAAACUAAAGAACCAAUUGUAAAGCUGGAGAGGAGCAUGCCGCUAAUCCCAGUGCGAAUCGACACCGAGCCCAGUGCACCCUGCUUUCCCGACGCGGACGCCAUUAAUGCCAGCAUUGUUAGGCGGGAGCUGGCGGAAGAAGCAAAGAAGAGCGUUCGCCAGCAGCUGCAUGCGCUCAAAGAGCGUCAGGAAGCCUUUCGGCUGAAAUGCGAGUCCCUGCAGCGGGAGGAGGAGAAGCGCCGCAGCGAACAGCUAGACCAGAAGGCCUUGCGAGAGCAAAGGAACAAUCUACUUGUCGAGGAGGCGGAGAAACUGACCAGGACGCAGCUGGAGGCACAGCAGCGGGAGCAACUGGAAAUGCGCUAUAAGACGGACAGCAAGCUGCACAAGCUGGCGGUGGAGGGAGUGUCUCGUUGCCAGCAACGUUUCAGGAAAAAAUAUGAGGGCAUCGCCAAGCUGCUCCUCUCUCUGGACAGGGAGACAGUGCAGGUGUGCUCCGAGCACAACAAACAGCUCAAGGAGCUGGGGCAGCAGUUCGAUCAGCUGGUUAGCAGUGUAGCAGCCGGUAAAAUGGAGCAGAGUGAGUUCCUUCGCUCCCUCAUCAAAGCGGAGCAGUUCUGCAAGAGCCUGCAACAAGUUGAGCAAGACAUCAUCCAGCAGCUGGCGGAAUUCUCGCAGCUAAUUCAGCAGCAGCUAAAGCUGGAGGCAGCUAAGAAGCUGGAGGAGGAGCAGCAGCAGCAGCAGCAGCUGGAGGAGGAGAAGCGCCGUCAGCAGCAGGAAAAGGAAGAGAUGGAGGCACGCCAAAAGCAAGCUGAGGCAGCCAAGGAAAAGCUUGCCCCACCCCCCUGCUCAGCGACAGCUCCUGCUCCUGCCACUGCAGACGCUCUUCCAGCUGCUCCGCCAGAAAGUACAACAACGACAAACGUCCACCCAGACCGCCUGCAGUUCUACAACGAGGUUAUUGCCCUGUACCAGGGUAAGGUGGACUCUGUUAAGCCUCUUCAGACGGAGGAGUCACUGAAGCAAUACCGCACCGGCUGCCAGAGAGCCAUCAAUCUGCCCCUGAACGCCAUUUCGGCGGUCAGCCCGCAGCAUUUGUCCAGCAGCUUUGAAAAACUAUACAACUUUUUUGCGGGACAGCCCGUCAAGGUGCUUAAUGGAACCUCCAUAACAAUCAACGACCAUCCGUUGGCCCGCGACUACUGCUUGCUGCUGAUGGCCAAGAAGUUCGUCAGUCAAACGGAGACCGCGAUUUCGAGCAACCCACAGGCUGCGUUCCCCUUCGCUUCGGUGAUUGCCACCUUUUGGAAGCUGAUGCCCGACUUUGGGAAAGUAUUUCUGGCCUACCUGUACAAGGAGUCGCCGUUCCUGGUGCCCUAUGUGAUUCCCCAGCAGCCGGGACAGACUCCGGAGGCAUACCUCAAGACAAUUGGCUACCGUCUGUCGGACAACAAUGAACUGGAGAAACCCGAUAACUACUUAAAGCGUCAAACGGGAAUUGCCCGCCUCUAUGCCGCUGUCAUUAUUACGCCAGGACGCAAGGCCGAUGGCCCCGAGCACUGCUUUGGACUGGAGGAGGGCUGGCGCUGGCUGGCCCAUGUGGUGCAUGUUAAGCCACUGCCCGACGUCAGUGCCACGCUGAUCAUGGAGAUUCUUCAGACGCUCGGCUUCGAGCUCUGGCGCACCUAUGGCAAGCAGUUUGUGAAGCUGCUCCUCUUCAUCCAGAACCAUUACUUGCCCCAGCUGGCGGUGUACGAUGAGGGCGGGCCGAAGACACGGCUAGAGAUGCUUCUGGCCAAGUUUCUGCGCGAGCGCCAGAUACCCCAGGCGGUGGGAGUUUUGCCGCCAGGUUUUUGGUAAUUUUUAAAACGAAAGAAAAUAUUAAAUUAAAAAUUAAGGCGAUUUCCAAAAAUGCAACAAUUAAAAGCCACAACUUUAUUGAUUGAUAA